AUGCUCGUUGAAGAGGUGCCCAAAGGCGCUAAUCCUAGGGUAUAUUUCUCGUCGUCUGUCAACCUCUCAGCCAAAUCUCGCCCGUAUGCAAAUCAAGAAUCAAAUGAAACUGCAGCAGAAUCCGCUUCUCGUCAAGGCAAGAAUAGGCCCAAAGUAAACUACAACCUUACGUAUUUGAUGAAUGCACAGACGCAAAUUGCCGAUUCCAGUUCUGGUGGAAGCCUCAAGUCGGCUCAACAAAUCCAACUCGAGCGAAUAAUUUCCAAGCGUUUGGUGGACCUAAACCGAGAACCGGCAUCUGGAGCUCAGUUUGAGCUUCCUAAGAAUUUUGCAUAUCACAGUAUUCACGGUGGAAUUAACCCCGAUAAGAAAGCCAGACAGGGAAACACCCCCACCACCAAAAAGAUUCUUUCUGCUCGUCGAAAUCUCAAUCUGUACUUUGAAGAAGAAAGAAAUGUCAUUUCCAUAAAUUCCAUUUUGGCACUCAAUUACCAAUUUGUCGAUGCUAUCGACAGUAUAUCUUCCGAAAAUGACGGUCCAGCUUCGAAACGACGUAAACUUCGAAAAAGUUCCACAUUCAAACCUCGGCUUAGACUCUGCUGUAUUUGCGGCCAAAACUCGUCUUAUGCAAGAUGCACUUCUUGUGGCUUAUUUCUGUGCAGUGUUCGAUGCAACCGAGUACACCAGGAGCUGCGGUGCAAUUAG